AUGGGCAAUGAAACCAUGGUGACUGAAUUUAUCCUCUUAGGACUCUCCAGUGAUCCACAACUCCAAAUCAUCCUCUUCGUAGUGUUCUUAAUGGUUUACUUGAUAACUCUUCUUGGCAACAUAUCUAUCAUUGUGGUAAUAAGGGCAAACCCUCACCUUCGCACUCCCAUGUAUGCCUUCCUUUCUUGUUUAGCAUGCCUUGAUCUUGUCUUCUCCUCGGCGACACUUCCUAAAAUGCUACAGAAUCUACUGAUGGAGGAAAAGACUAUCUCAGUACACAGCUGUUUUACUCAAGUCUUCAUUCUCAUUUUUAUUUCAGUGGGAGAAGGAGUCCUACUUGCAGUAAUGGCUUAUGAUCGCUACAUAGCCAUCUGCCACCCCCUGAAUUAUGUUGCAAUGAUGAACAAGUGGGUCUGUUCUCAGCUCAUGUGUGUCGCGCUGCUGACUGGCUUGCUUUGUGCAUUGGUCAACACCCCUUUGCUGACCAAUUUAAAGUUUUGUGGAUCCAAUGUAAUUCAUCAUUUCAGCUGUGAAGCACCACAAUUGUACAAACUCUCCUGCAGUGACACCUUUACAAACCAAGUGGUGAUUUUCAUCUCUUGCCUGCUUCUAGGAACAGGCACUCUGCUCAUCAUACUAGCUUCCUAUGUUCGAAUAAUUUCUGCGGUCUUAAAAGUCAGCACUACUGAAGGGAAACGCAAAGCCUUCUCAACUUGCUCAUCUCACUUGACCAUUGUAGUUUUGUAUUACGGAACACUUUUCUUUAGGUACCUGAAACCCACAUCUCAGGACUUUGAGGAUCAGGAGAUGGCACCUUCAGUUAUGUAUGAUAUUGUGACCCCCAUGUUAAACCCCAUCAUCUACAGCCUUCGGAACCAAGAAAUGAAACAUUCUUUGCAUCGUAUGGUCAUUCGAAGAUGUAGAAAGUGA